AUGGCUCCAGGUAAGAAAGUUGCUCCAUCCCCAUUUGCUUCCAAGGCUGCUAAGUCUAACAAGCCAAAAAACCCAUUGACUCAAGCUUCUCCAAAGAACUUUGGCAUUGGUCAAUCCAUUCAACCAAAGAGAAACUUGUCCAGAUACGUCAAAUGGCCAGAAUAUGUUAGACUGCAAAGACAGAAGAAAAUCUUGUCUAUCAGAUUGAAGGUUCCUCCUGCUAUCGCUCAAUUCCAAUACACUUUGGACAGAAACUCUGCUGCUGAAACCUUCAAAUUGUUCAACAAGUACAGACCAGAGACCUCUGCUGAAAAGAAGGAAAGAUUGACCAAGGAAGCUGCUGCCAUUGCCGAAGGUAAGACCAGACAAGAAGCUUCUCCAAAGCCAUACGCUGUUAAAUUCGGUUUGAACCACGUCGUUUCAUUGGUCGAAAACAAAAAGGCCAAGCUAGUUUUGAUCGCUAACGAUGUUGACCCAAUCGAAUUGGUCAUCUUUUUACCAGCUUUGUGUAAGAAGAUGGGUGUUCCAUAUGCCAUCGUCAAGGGUAAGGCUAGAUUAGGUGCUUUGGUUAACCAAAAGACCUCUGCUGUCGCUGCUUUGACCGAAGUUAAGGAAGAAGAUGAGGCUGCUUUGGCCAAGAUCAUCUCCACCGUCAAUGCCAACUUCACCGACAAAUACGAUGAAGUUAAGAAGCACUGGGGUGGUGGUAUCUUGGGUAACAAAGCUCAAGCUAAGUUCGACAAGAGAUCUAAGUCUUCUACCGCUUAA